AGAUUAGUAGUUGAUUAAAGACCGUCUGUCCGGAAGUAAAAUUGUGACAGUGUCUCGAACGCAGCGGACUUAUUAAGAUGGGAAUACUAAACAAAAGCGGAUGGAUAGUUUUCAUCGUCGUCACAUUGGCCAAGACGCUUAUAUGUGGACCACUGCCAUCUUUACCCACACAUUCUCCAGCUUUCAACGAUGUCAAUGAGGUGGUGGAUUAUUACAUUCACAAUACUAAAUUAACCUAUGAUCAUCGAGCUGCAUCCAUAAACGAAGAAGCUGACAACAUUUUCCAAUACAUCAACAACAACAGCAAUAACAAGGGAUUGAAAAACAAUAACAAAUAUCAAAAGCUAGACGACACACUGAAGCACUUCAUGGCAAGAGUUAAUAAAUUCAACAACAAAUGUGGCAUCACUGAUGUUCUCAUGAUUUUGGCACCCAGGGUUUUGCACGAAAUAAACGACACCAAUGAUAACGAGCUAAUAGCAUUAAGUGAGCGUUUUAGGAAUCUCCUUAAGCUCAAUGAAGUUCAGAGACAAAUAGAAGCUGCCAAAAAGGUAGAGGAAUUUCUGGAUGGCAAAGAAACAUCAAUUGUUUUACAAUUCCACUCGAAAUACACGGCAUGGGACAGGGAGUACUGUUAUGGCGUUUCCGUGUGGGAUGAAUGAUUAAAUUUUUAUUAU